UGUACUAAUACUACUAUAGCCCAACAGCUUUUCUUGCCUCCGGAAAGACCCAACCCAACCGUUGACUCAAACACCUGUCACGUUCUAAUGAUUACAGUCGCCAGUAAACUGACCCAGUUACUGGGGACCCAGUUUCCGCUUGUACUUGGACCUAUGGCAGGUGCUGGCGGUGGGAAGCUCGCUGGCGAAGUCUCUGCUGCGGGUGCCUUCGGCUUUCUUUCAGGGAGCGGCUAUGGAGUUACCGUAGCAAGCUUCCAGGAGGAGUUGUCUUUGGCGCAAUCAGCGCUCGUAGAGCAAGGCCACUUCAACCUACCGAUCGGUGUUGGAUUCCUGGUCUGGCAGCUUGAGCAACCCAACUCGCCCUUCGUUGAACUGCUGCGUAUCGCUCUGGACAACAACGUCCAAGCUAUCUGGCUAUCUUUUGGUUCAGAUUUUCCCGAGUGGAUCAGAUUCAUUCGUCAAUAUGACAAGGGAAAGGGAAAACCGAAAACCUUGAUCUUCGUCCAGAUUUCAAGCAUUCAGCAGGCUCUAACGGCGGCAUUGGAAUGGGGCGUCGAUGUCAUUGUUGCUCAGGGUAUCGAGAGUGGUGGACAUGGAGCGAGCAAUGCUUUGCCUGUGGUCAAUUUGGUCUCCUCCAUUCUUGAUGCCAUCCCCCCAGACGGCCCGCUGGUGCUUGCGGCCGGGGGACUGGCAAACGGUGGACACAUUGCGUCGAUGCUGACCUUAGGGGCAGAAGGAGUUGUUCUCGGCACCCGAUUUCUUCUGGCUAACGAGUCUCUGUACAAUGCGGUCCAAAAGCAGGCCCUCCUGUCGGCCAAGUCUGAUUCGACACUUCGAAGCCUGGCAUGGGACUAUGCGAGACAAACACUCGGUUGGCCAGUCGGGAUUGAUGGUCGAGGCUUACGCAAUAGUAUUGUCGACGACUUCGAAAAUGGUGUUUCAGUGCAACUCCUCCAACAAUCAUUGAGAAAGGGAGUCGAAAUGGAAGAUGCCGAUAGGAUGAUCAUCUGGGCUGGUACGGGCGUCGGGCAGAUGAAUGAAAUCCUUCCGGCCAAGGUCAUAGUUGAGCAGCUCCGUGAAGAUUGUAUUCAGCAUCUAGCCAAGGCAAGCCAGUUGUAUUCUAGUGCAUGA